GUAUGUUUUGGUUACCGGCGACAAUGAGGAACAGAGGAUCCCGAUCACCAAAAAGCGCUACGGGGCUGAGAUUCUCGACCAUUUGACCUCAUUGACCUCAUGCAUAUCCUCAUAUCCAGCAUUAGCCUACAUCCCAGCCCUUUGAUUCCAGCGCGCGGUGUUUCCGGUUAUCAACGCGAAGAUUUGGGACGGAUGAUGUCCGCCUCUUUCGCCCAUGUUUCGCGGGUAUAGCGACAGCCUGAGAAUUGAUUGAAAGCCUGAGGUGGAGUGGUACGUAGCGAUGAUGUUACAGAUCGUCAUACCGGAUAGCGUAGAUCCCAGGUGCUGAGGUACUCGUAUGGUUUUACCCCGCGUUGGAGGGCAGGAGAUGCUCGGCCACGCUUAUCUAUUCCACCUUUCUCCACUUGCACUUUCACAGAUUAUGGUUAAUGACUAUAGUCGCAUGCCGAUGUCGGAGAGAGACAGUUGUAGUUUGACAGUUGUUGCACUUCUUACGGGUACAUACUUUUGCAUGACGUUAACAUCAGCUGCAGUAGUCUGGAUCCCAACCCCCGGCUGCUUGAGAGGCAGACACCCGACGACAGUGACCGGAGCGAAGCUUCUGCAAUUGUUCGUUUUGUGUGGUGGACCAUCGUCUUUUCCCCUUCUUCUUCUUCUUCGUCUUAUGUAGGUAGGCCCUCAGAAUGUUUAGGUCACAGUGCAGGGGUAUCAGAUGUCCCAGCUAUAUACUUUAUAUUGCGAGAAGAGGAGACGCCGCAGAACAGCAAGCCGAGGGCUGGAAAAAUCCUAAUCCUAAAUGCAUACUAUACUCG